GAGUGUGAGCGCCCUUUCGCCACCGCGACACUGUCCUGAGCACCGAGGAGAACCAGUCCAUUCAGAGAGAGAGAGAGCAAAUACACAAACAUGACAGAGGCUGAGAUGUAGAAAAACUUUCUGAGGAUAAAGACAGAUCUGCAUCUCCUUCACACAUCGGCCUGCUAGUAUGAUGAAAGAUUGCCUUCAGUUCCUUAUCGAGCCGGCGAAGAAGCUCAAGUUUCGUUUCAAGGAGACACGAAAGAAAGUGAAACAUGUAAAGAAAGAGCCAUUAAGCGAGAGUCAGCUGUUUGUAAUGGAGCUGGCCCGAGAACUCAACAGAAUCUGUCAGAGGUCAGAUAUUCUGGCUCACAUCUGGACCGGAGAGGACGUGUGGCCUCCACACACCUGUCGAGAGUUCAUUGUGGAGACCGCCAACAUUCUGGAGAUGAAGGAAAACACAGAGAAGCCUGUCCAAGUGUAUGUGGAUCUGCAUCCAGAAAAGCGUGACUGGAAGACUCACCUACUGAGCAUGCUGGAGCAGGGGGGAGAGUACGACAUGGGCCCCUACAAGAGGAUCAUCAUGGACUGGACCAGAGCACAGAGAAACACACACCCGCAUGGCAUCUGGCCGGGUGAGGCGGUGUUGAUGAUGCUGGAUGACCUGGAGCUGCAGUGGAAGCGAGGUCUCCUGUCCCACCUGCAGUCUGCCGUCGAGCUGCUCAUAGGAGUCACUCUUGGAGAACAUCUAGACAAGGAGCUCAUUCCAAGACUGUGGCUGCUACAAAAACAAAAGACCCAGAAGAUCGAGUGCACUGGCUACAUUCCACACAUAGUGUGGAACUGGAUUUGUGAUGCUGCAGUGGAGGUGUCGUUUGACCCAGAGACGGCUAACCCUUCUCUGCUAAUAUCUGAGGACUGCAAGCGUCUGCAGUGCGGGCUGGAGCGUCGUCCCGUCCCCUGCAACUUGCGCCGAUUCGACGGCUGGUGGUGCUGCUUGGCCUCGCAGGGCUUCUCCUCGGGACGGCACUACUGGGAGGUUCAUGUGGGCGACCGUGACUGGCGCCUCGGUGUGGCCAAAGAAUCAGCCCUCUGCAAGGGAUACAGGCCGCUGAACACUCAGAGCGGGUAUCUGACCCUCCGGCUGGAGAGGGGCUCUGAGCUCAAAGCCCUGACCGCACCUACAACACCCUUACCCCCCACGCUCAUCCCGCGCCGGGUGGGGGUUUACCUGGACUAUGAGGAGGGGCAGCUGUCCUUCUACGACAUCCAGAAGAGGGCGCACAUCUACACGUACAGCCAGAAGUUCACAGAGAAGCUUUAUCCAGUGUUCGGGACGGUGGAGAUGGUGCGCGAGAUGGUGAUCCGGCCUGCAGAUCUGAGGGAGCCGUGUCUCUGCAAGGGCCAGUGUCUGUUCUGCUAAUGCGCACUUAUUUGGGAAAAUUCAUGCAGUAUUUGAUCAAUGCUUACAAAAACAUAAAUAGUUUGAAGGAUGCAUAGAUAAUAUUUUUGAAUUAUUUUUUUUAUUUUUAGAAUAGCUUAUUUUCUGCACCGCUAGUAAUCGGAAAGGAGUUUUAAAACCAAAAAACGUUUGUGAUUGGUCUGAUAAACAGAUAGUCCCGCCCAAAACUCAUGUCAUUGGUUGAACCAGUAGCAGGUGUGUUUACCUUUAUUCACACUGCUAGUGCAUGCGAAAUGCUAUCAUAUACUUCAAGCGUAAAAGGCACAUUUUUAAUUAGUUUGCAGUUGGUUUUAGGAGUUGGAAACUUGCAGAAAUGUUUGUUUCAGCUGGUAAACACCAUUGAACUACCAUUGGAUUGUGGCUUUUAUGUAAUAAGUAGGCGUGGUUCUGAGGCUUUUUAGACACAAAAAUCUUCUCUAGUUAAAUUUCCUCUGUUCAAUUGAAAAAAAUAAAUAAACAGACCACUCGAACAUUUCUUUGGAUUUAUUAGAUAUGGUUUUGGCUAAUAUGUUUAUAUUUAUUUGUUUCGUUUUUUCUACAAAGAUCUGAUUGCAUUUCUUCCAUAUUUCAAAUAAAAAGCAAUAAAUAAAAAGUUUUCCCCCCAGAAUAUGUAAAUUACAAAAUCACAAUUUCCAUGAAAUAUUUAUUUCUUAACCGUUCUUACAUUAAAACAUUAAUAUUGUUUAAAAAAUCCUGAUAAAAACUUACAAAUAUAUUUUUAUCAUUUAACAGCAAAUGUUUUUUUUUAUCAGCUAUAUUUUUUUUUAUUUUUAAUUUGUAAGAAAAUAAUUUGCAGAAUGAAACCAAAUGACAUUUUACAAUGAGACUGAGAAUUUUCCAACAUAGGCUCAUUCUGAAAAUGUAGCCCCAUAUAAAUUUCUGGAGAUAGCAUAUUAUGUAGCAAGAAGUACGUAUGACUGCAUUUUGUCUGUAAAAUGAACGCUAUGGGGCGGUAUGAUGUAAUAUCUUUCCGUUUGUCCAGUAGCUUGCCGUGUAUGUUGGCGGACUUGAGACACAGAGGAGUUGAUCACGACGACGGGGUUCGAGUCUGGCAAAAAACGGUUCCAGAAAGCGGGUAAAACAAAAACAGAAGCCAUAAAAUAAAUGACGGUAAAAUCUGAAAACGUGGUAAAAAUGGGGUGUGGAAGUGGGUGGGUGGUUAGGCAGGUCAAUCGGUGCUUUUGAAAACACUAUUAAUUGGGUUUAGGAAAGGAGGAGGGUGGGUCAGUCAAUCGGUCAGUCAGUUAUUUAGUCAGUCAGUCAGUCAACAGCGGCCUCUGGUGGAUUUACGCAAGAACAGCAGGGCCGAAGGACACUCACGAGAGAAAUUUGAGAUCUCAAAAAGCGUACACAGUGGCCUCUGGUGGAUUCGCGAAAACAAAAACAUAGCUCCUGGGAUGUAUUUGGCACUCUCCAGAAAUGUACAUAGCAAUACGUUUUCAGAAUGAGCCUGGGUUUGAAUUUUUCUGUAUUCUCAAUAUUUUUCCAAUCUGUUUUCCAAAAUUUGAAAUCUUGUUUUAAAAUUAAACUGCAGUGUUGAUACGCUGAAGUAGUCCACCUGCAGAUGAUGGAUUUGUCCAUGCAUAUUAAUCUGGGACUCGAGGAAUAUUUGAACACUAAAACUGACAGCUUUUUCAUUGUGCAGCUAAUAAAAUGCUUUCUACAAAGGGCUUGUUUCCUCGUACUAAAUGAUGCAUGAGCACUGAGAAUGCGUUUUUGCUUUAGUCACAAUAUUCAUGCAAUUAAUUCACCAACAGCUGCUUAACACACAUAUAUAAUUUGACUGUUUUGCUGGGUUAUUUUAGUUGGAAAAACUCCUUUGAAUGUUAAAUUUUCAAAAUUGUCGUAAUUUUUCAUACUGAAAUCUGAUUCAUUUGCACACUUGAUUGUUCUGUUUUCCAAUAUUUACCCAUAUAUGUGCAUUUUUUAAAAUAUUGUUUAAUGUGCACAGCUAACAGAAAGCAAGAUUAUUUAGGAUAGCUUUGUUUUCUGCACUGCUAGUAAUCGGAACGGAGUUUUAAAACCCAAACAGUUUGUGACUGGUCUGAUGAACUGAUAGUCCCACCUAAAACUCGUGUCAUUGGUUGAGCCAGUAGGUGUGUUCAACUUUAUUUAGACUGAUAAUUCAUGUGAAAUGCAAUCAUGUACUUCAAGCAAAUCAACAGAUGGGAUGAUAUUUAAAAUAAUAAUAAUAAUAAUAAUAAUAAUAAUAAUUGUUUGCAAUUGUUUUUUUGGAGUUUGAAAUUUGCAAAAAACUAUUUCAGCUGGUAAACACCAAUGGUUUUUGGCUUUUAGAUAGUUGUAAAAAGGUAGGUGUAGCUCUGAGGCUCUGCCUUAUUAGAUGCAAAAAUCUUCCCUUGUUCAAUAGAAAAAAACUGAGGCCACUUGAACAUUUCUUUGGAUUUAUUAGAUAUUAUUUUGAGUAAAAUAUUAAUAUUUACAGUUGAAGUCAGAAUUAUUAGCCCCCUAAAUUAUUAGCCCCCUGUCUAUUUAUUUCCCCAAUUUUGGUUUAACAGAGAGAACAAAGAUUGUUUCAGCACAUUUCUAAACAUAAUAGUUUUAAUAACUCAGUUCUAAUAACUGAUUUGCUUUAUCUUUGCCAUGAUGACAGUAAAAAAUAUUUGACUAGAUAUUUUUCAAGACACUUCUAUACAGUUUAAAGUGACAUUUAAAGGCUUAACUAGGUUAAUUAGGUUAACUAGGCAGGUUAGGGUAAUUAGGCAAGUUAUUGUAUAAUGAUGGUUUGUUCUAUAGACUAUUGAUAAAAAAAAAGCUUAAAGGGGCUAAUAAUUUUAACCAUAAAAUGGUUUUUUAAAAAUUUAAAACUGUUUUUAUUCUAGCCGAAAUAAAACAAAUAAGACUUUCUCCAGAAAAGAAAUAUAUUAUCAGACAUACUGUGAAAAUUUCCUUGGUCUUUUAAACAUCAUUUGGGAAAUAUUUAAAAAAGAGAAAAAAAUUCAAAGGGGGUUUAAUAAUUCUGAUUUCAACUGCUUUUUUUUUUUUUUUUACAGUAUUUUUGAUCAUGUUUCUUCCAUAUUUCAAAUAAAAUAUUGUCAGUGUUUUCCCCUAGAUAAUGUAAAUGACAAAUUCCAUGAAACAUUGAUUUCUUAACCCUUCUGAAGUUAAAAGAUUCAUAUUGUUUUGUCAAAACUAUUCCUGUUAAAAACUUAAAAAUAUGUUUUUAUUUAACUGCUCAAAAAAGUUAAGUAAUUUACAUUUUCAUUUCAAAUUUGGAAGAAAAUACUUUACAAAAUGAAACUAAAUGAUGUUCUUCUGUGAAUUUUCAAGUGUUCUUUACAUUUUUUCCAAAAUUCUUUGCAAAAUUUGAAAUCUUGUUUUAAAAUUAAAACCGAAGAUAUAAUAAAAAAAAAAAACUAUAAUAGCAAAAAAAAAAAAAGCUUAUGUGUAGCAAUAAAGAGAUGCAGCGUUUACAUGCCGAGCAACUCAACCUGCUAAUGACAUUUGUCUAUGCAUAUUAAUCUACGAUUUGGGGAAUUAUUUAAACACUAAAACUGACAGCCUUUUUAAUGUGCAGCUACUAAAAUGCUUUCUACAAAGGGCUUGUUUACUCAAACUGACUGAUGCAUGAACACUGGCAAUGCAUUUGUGUUUUAGUCACAAUAUUCAUGCAAUUAAUUCACACACAGAUGCUUAACAUAUAUAUUUUGACUGUUUUGCUGGGUUAUUUUUUUAUUUUACUUUGAAAGUCUCCUUUGAAACAAUGUUUAAUUUUCAAAAUUCUUAUUGUAAUCUUUCAUACUGAAAUCUGAUUCAUUUGCACACUUGUGAUUGUUCUUUUUCCCAAUAUUUACCCAUAUACUGUAUAUGCAUAUUUUUGUAUUAUUUGAUGUGCACAGCUAAACCCAAAUAUAUUCAUCGACACCCUGAAUGCAAUACUAUUUUUCAUGAAAUUUGAGCAAAUAUUGAAUGUAGUCAUAUUCAUCUACAUGUUUGUUUGUAGAAGUUACUGUUAGUAAGUAGUACAUUACUCAACGUACAGCAUUUCAGUAGGUCGCAGUGUCUUAAAAACACUUGAUUGCACCUAAAUCUGUUUCUAAUAAACAAAGUAGACACACAAAGACUCGACUGCGGUAAGAGGAUUUAUUGUUUUAUUAAGUGUGGUGAACUGAUAUGCAGUGAAAAGUCUUGCGCACUACAUAAUUCUGCUUGAAUACGAUGAUGAAAUGCUAUUUUAGUGUAAAAAAAAUCUAAAAAACUCCCCACAAGUAAAAAGUAUCAUACAGAUUAUUUUAAAAAGCUGUAUAAAUGAACAUAGGUGUGAGAUUGGUGCUCGUUUCCAAGUGGCCAAUCGUGUACAAACCUGGCAAAUUUUAAGUCAUCUGGAAAAACAGGCCUGGAGUUACAUAAGCACAUCUUGCAACCAGGCAAUAAAAUAACAAAACCUCAGUAACGUAUUUACAGUCUUAAGAAUCGAGUCCAUAUGCAUGCACUCAUGUUGCAACAUUUUUUACGCAACCUUUUAGAAGUUCAGUUUUUGAUUGAAGAGGACAAAUACUAAUGAGCAUCUGGAAGUAUAUGGUUUAAAUCAAGAGGCAUUGCAUAUUUAAUGUGAAAAAUACAUUCUAAGAGAAACUUGAUACAACUUAACAUCAACGAUAUAAACAUCAUGAUAUGAAAUCUGACAUUCAAAAUAAGCAACAGAAGAAAAAAACCUAGAGUAGAUAAGUGCCCACACUUUUUCAGCAAUGCUGGUUCUGGAAGUAGUUUUCCAAUUCAGUUUUCCAAAAGAGAUUUCCAAAGUCUUUAAGCAUUAUAAACCAUGAAGCCAACCAAACUUUGCUUUGCAGGAAAGAAAA